CCCCGCCCCUGUCGCCGCCGCCGCCGCCGCCGCCAUGGCCUGGGUGCUAAAGAUGGAUGAGGCCCUGGAGGCGGGUCUGGUGCAAGACUUCGACGCCAGCCUCUCGGGCAUCGGGCAAGAGCUGGGCGCCGGCGCCUACAGCAUGAGUGAUGUGCUGGCCCUACCCAUUUUCAAGGAGGAAGACGCUGUCCUUCCCUUGGAUGGUGAUCCCAAACAACCACCCUUUCAGUACAUCCUGUGUGCUGCGACAUCCCCUGCAGUCAGACUGCACGAUGAAAGCCUCACUUACCUGAACCAAGGUCAGUCCUAUGAGAUCCGGAUGCUGGACAACCGGAAAGUGGGAGAUGCGCCUGAGAACAGUGGAAAGUUGGUGAAGAGCAUCAUCAGAGUUGUGUUCCACGACAGACGCCUCCAAUAUACAGAGCACCAGCAGCUGGAAGGCUGGAAGUGGAACCGCCCUGGGGACCGGCUGCUUGAUCUUGAUAUUCCAAUGUCUGUUGGAGUCAUUGACAUAAGGACAAAUCCAGGCCAGUUAAAUGCAGUCGAGUUUCUCUGGGACCCUGCCAAACGCACAUCUGUAUUUAUUCAGGUCCACUGCAUUAGCACGGAGUUCACCCCUCGGAAGCAUGGUGGAGAAAAGGGAGUUGCUUUCAGAGUCCAAGUUGACACUUUUAAACAGAAUGAAAAUGGUGACUACACAGAUCAUCUGCACUCAGCCAGCUGCCAAAUCAAAGUUUUUAAGCCUAAAGGAGCAGACAGAAAACAGAAGACGGACCGAGAAAAGAUGGAGAAGAGGACAGCCCAUGAGAAAGAAAAGUACCAGCCCUCGUAUGACACCACCAUCCUCAGCGAGAUGAGGCUUGAGCCUAUAAUGGAAGCUGCAGUUGAACAUGAGCAGAAAAGGUCCAGCAAGCGGACUUUGCCAGCAGACUGCGGCGAUUCUCUGGCAAAGCGAGGCAGUUGCUCUCCAUGGCCUGCCACAAGUGCAUCCUAUGUCAGUGACAGCCCUGCGCCCACUCUCACUCUCACCUCUGCUCAGCACAGCACCUGCAGCGUCCCAGUCCCCGAGAGCGAUUCCUCCUCCCCAAACCAUCAAGGAGAAGGAAUUUCCCAAGGCUCCAGUGAACAACUUCACCCAGCAGCCACCAUCCAGGAAGCCCAGCAAUGGCUGCUCAGGCACAGGUUCGCCACCUACUCGAGACUCUUCGCCAAUUUCUCAGGUGCAGAUUUAUUAAAGUUGACAAGAGAGGACCUCGUACAAAUCUGUGGCCCAGCUGAUGGCAUUCGGCUCUACAAUGCACUGAAGUCAAGGACAAUAAGACCCCGUCUCACCAUCUACGUCUGCCAGGAGCAGCCCAGGGGUCCGCAGCUGGAAAGGCAACCCGACGCAGGCCACGGAGAUCACAGCAACGGUGCAGUGUAUGUUUAUCACGCGAUCUACCUGGAAGAGAUGGCAGCCGCGGAGGUCACACGGAAAUUGGCUUCUGCGUUCAACGUCCCUUUGCACCAGAUUAACCAGGUUUACAGACAGGGUCCCACCGGGAUUCACAUUCUCCUUAGUGACCAGGUGGUUCAGAACUUUCAGGACGAGAGUUGUUUCUUAUUCGCCACUGUAAAAGCGGAAAAUGGUGAAGGGUUCCAUAUCAUUUUGAAAUGAAUCCAGGCACGUGCUGGCCUUGCCUCAGUACAGAUUGAAGCCUCACUUCACUUUCUAUGUAUGGAGACUGGACCUGAGGGGCUCUGGGAUUGGACUUCACCGCUUACAAAUGUUUCAUAUUGAAAACGCGAGGUGACCUUUGUGAUGCACUGCCCGAGAGGCGGACUAGCUUCUCAUCACUGCCCUCACCACAAAUUCUCCUGGGGGGCUUGGAGAUGGAUGUGGACCACCAUGGGGCUGCCUGCCCUCGGCCGGGCCUGGGAGCCACCUCACCCUCCGUGACACUGUGUCCAGUUUGGAAAUGAAUGUAGCCCUUCCUGUGCCAGUUUAUUUGUCCCUGCUUGUACCCUCCGGUGACUUGGGGAGGCCCGGGGGCAGGGGAGCAGGAUGCCUGGAAAUCCACAGGGACGAGUGAGGCUGGAAAUGCCACCAGCUUGUGGGUCAGGCCCCUUCUGUGUCUGAGUGUGUGUGGGGCGUGUGAGGCGUGGGUGGAUAUAGGGAGUGUGACUAGGAAGCCAGCUGUGCCCAAAUGCGUCCCCAGGCCACGCAGUCAUCAGAGCUUGUCGAAUGUAGAACCCUUGGAGGUGCUCCCUUUCCCAGCACCCUCAUUUCCUUUUUUUGGGGGAAGCUCUGCUCAUGUCAGCUUUUUCCCCCUGUUUUUCUUUGUCUCUUUUUUCUCUUCUUUAAAAAAAAAAACAAAAAAACAAAACCUUGAACUCUUGGCCUAGACAUCAAAGAGAAGUAACAGCAGAAAGCAGAAAUGUCUUUCCGGCAGUAAGAGCUUGGCGCUCCUUGUCGCUUUCUGCCCCCUCCUCUUGGGUCGGGGCUGACUCGGCAGUCCUUGGCCCUUUGUCCCUGGGGUGUUAGGACAAGGUGUGGGCCUUGGUCAUGUGCCCCCUGGCUUUCCCCAUCAGCUAAAGCAGCCGUUUUUGGGUAUUCUCCCCCUUUGCCAUUUUCAUUCUACCUUUUGGGCCAAACUAUUCACAAAAGUGAAAUCUGGGAUCAUUGUGGAGCUCCUUUGCCUAGUGUGGUAUAUUACAUGCUGCGGAUACACAUUUUGGCUUUUGUCCCAUUAUUGUUUUAAACUUGGUGCAUGCAUGUAUGCAUGUUUGUGCCCAUGUGUGUAUUCCUGGGUUUCUGGUAGAGAAGGCUAGGUCUGUAUCUUCUUUCCUCACUGGGACAGGGUCCUAGUUUUAAAAAUCUGUAGUGCUUUUGUGGAGACAUCAGGGAGAAGUGAUCCCUGCUAAUGGCAGAAUUUCAUUUUUCCCCUUUGAAACUUCUCGAGAUGCCCUGGGGACCCCGAGAGGAGCCUUUUCAUGACCAAAUAUUUCAUUCCCUAGUAAUAAGGUGGGGGAGGGGGAAGCCUGCAGGUCCAGUUCAGUGUCUGAGGGCUUGUUCGCCUGUUGGUGUCCCUUGGGGGUCACCACUCAGACCUCAGUACAUAGAGAGCAACCACUGACACGAACCCUUGGCACGGUUUCAAAAUUGACCCCACUGUUUGAGAAACAGGGAAAUUGCCCACUUGAAUCUAUCAAACCUCAGAUUUUACAGAGGAAAAUUGUUCAUCAGUUUACCCCAGGCACCCAGAAUUAAAUGAUCACACCAGCAAAUUGCUGUUUUAAAGAGUGGGAUGUGCACAUUUUAGUUUAACUAUAAUAAAUGUUUUCUGAACAUUUUGCAAAUGUGUUUCUUUUCCUGCUAUGUUAAUGGUGCCCCUCUGUGUGCUUAAUCAGACCUCAUAGAGAGCUUCUCUGGCCACUUUUGUCCUUUCUCCUCUCCUGUCUUUGCUGGCUGCAGGAUAAGAGAGUUGAAGAUACAGGACUCCUUAGCAGAGCCUUGAGGCUGCUCGGCAACACUGACCAAGCGGGCUCCCGCCCUGAGACCCCUCCAGGGAAGUUGAUCCCCACUUCUUUUCCCUGCACAGGGUCGUGUCUCUUGUUUUUGAGGAGGCACAGUAGAAAGUCUUUGUGUACACAGUAGAAGCCCCGGUGAGACCCACCAGUCCCAGGGCAUUGCUGUUCACUAGGACUUUUGGCUCUGCUUGUUUUCUGCCUCAGACGGUCAGUGGCUGCCCAGAAGCGCCAGAAGCAGCGGGCCUCCCUUUAAACUUUUGUGGCAAGAUGAAGCACGCAGUGUCUUUUUGCAAAGGAAGUGUCUGUCCCUGUGUCAAGAUUUAAAUAACAAAAUCUCUGUGUGUGUGUGUGUGUAUGUGUGAUCAUAUAAGCUUUGCUCAGAGACGUGUCCUCCCGGAGAGUUCAGCAAUAAGCCCCCCGGACUCCAUGUCUCUGACAGCACCAUGGCAAAGCCAUUGGGAUAAGGGGCCAAGUGGUUUUUGUUGGUCAUGAAGUGGAGGCUGCCAUGAGUGGGAUUGGUGACCAUGCAGCCUAUCCCCUGAAUGGGGAGAGAUGGUCUCUUUUGCCUUAUAGCAUGAGUGCAUUUGUCAGGGUUUCUAUGCUUUUUAAAUAAACUUGAAAAUAAAUGGCCCCA